AUGUUUACAUUAAAACAAGUAAUUAACAAAUCGAUUCAAACAUCAAUGAAAAAUGGUGUCAUGUCAUCUGCCGUAAAGAGAUCAUUCUCAACUGUUGGCGGAAUCAACCAACCAAAAUCAAGAAAAGAAUUAUCCGAAUCAUUUUUAGAUGGUACUUCAUCAACCUAUGUAGAAGAUAUGUUUGCAAAUUGGGUUAAAGAUCCAAAAUCAGUUCACCCAAGUUGGGCCUCAUUCUUUGAAUCAAGUGAACGUGGUGUUCCAGCUGGUGAAGCUUUCAUGUCACCACCAACUCUUGGUAGUUCAGUUGCCACAAAAGCAACCCCUUCAACUUAUACAUCAUCUGGUUCUCCAAAACAAGUUAGUGAUAGUAUGAGAUUAUUAUUAUUAGUUAGAGCUUAUCAAGUUAGAGGUCAUGCUCUUGCCAAUUUAGAUCCCUUAGGGUUAGAAGUUAAAGAAGAACCAGCAGAGUUUAACCCAGCCAAGUAUGGUUUCACUGAAGCAGACAUGGACAGACCAAUUUUUGUUGGUGAAGGUUUCAUUUCAGGUUUCCUCACAAAUAAACAACCAGAAACUACCCUCAGACAAGUUUUAAAGAGAUUAAAGGAAACUUAUUGUGGUGAUAUUGGUAUUGAAUAUAUGCAUAUUCAAGACAGAGAAAUGUGUGAUUGGAUUAGAGAUAAAUUUGAAACAUCACAACCAGUUGAAAUUCCAGAUAAAGAAAAGAUAAAGAUUUUAGAAAGAUUAUCAUGGGCAGAUCAAUUCGAAGGAUUUUUAGGAUUAAAAUAUAGAGCAACUAGACGUUUUGGUUUGGAUGGUUGUGAAUCAUUAAUUCCAGGUAUGAAAGCAAUGAUCGAUACAGCUACAGAGGAUGGUGUUGAAUCGAUUGUAUUGGGUAUGCCACAUCGUGGUCGUUUAAAUGUUUUAGCAAAUGUUGUUAGAAAACCAUUACCAGCAAUCUUUAAUGAAUUCAAUGGUGGUGUUAUCUCUAUUGAAGGAGAGUAUUCAGCAACAGGUGAUGUUAAAUAUCAUUUGGGUACAUCAUAUGAUCGUGUCACUAGCAGUGGUAAGAAAGUACAUUUAUCAUUGGUUGCAAAUCCAUCACAUCUUGAAGCUGUUAACCCAUUGGUAGAGGGUAAAGUUAGAGCCAAACAACAUUACUCAAAAGAUACUGAACAAAAGAAAUCAAUGGCAGUUCAAUUACAUGGUGAUGCAUCAGUUGCAGGUCAAGGUGUAGUUUACGAAACACUCCAUCUUAGUAAUUUGGAUAAUUACUCAACCGGUGGUACAGUUCAUAUCGUUGUUAACAAUCAAAUUGGUUUCACCACCAAUCCAAAAUAUUCUCGUUCCUCAAAGUAUUGUACUGAUGUCGCUAAAACCAUCGAUAUUCCAGUGUUCCAUGUAAAUGGUGACAAUGUCGAAGCAGUAGUAAAGGUUUGCAAGAUUGCAGCAGAAUGGAGACAAAAAUUCAAGAGAGACGUAUUCGUUGAUAUCGUUUGUUACAGAAAACAUGGUCACAAUGAAACUGAUCAACCAAAAUUCACCCAACCAAUCAUGUACGAUAAAAUCGGUAAACAACAACCAAUCAUCGAGAAAUACUCCAAUAAAUUGAUCGCCGAAAAAGUUAUCACUCAAGAACAAUACUUACAAAUGAAGAAUAUCAUUCAUGAAUCCUAUGAAAAGGGCUAUCAAGAUGGUAUGAAACAUGUACCAAACGCAGAGGAUUGGUUAGAAUCACGUUGGGAAGGUUUCAAGAGUCCAAUUGAAUUGGGUAAUCCAGGUCGUACUGGUAUCGAUCAAGAUUUACUUCAAAAGAUUGGUAAAGUUCUUUACACUGAGCCAAGUGGUUUCGAAGUUCACUCAACCAUUAAAAGAUUAUUAAAGGAAAAGAAGGAUAUGUUUGAUAAAGGAACCGGUUUUGAUUGGGCCACCGCAGAGGCUUUAGCAUUUGGUUCUCUCUUACUCGAUGGUAAUCAUGUACGUCUCUCUGGUCAAGAUGUUGAACGUGGUACUUUCUCACAUCGUCAUGCUGUCUGGCAUGAUCAAAAAACCGAUCAAACCUAUGCACCAUUAACUAAACUCGCCACAGCUUUAGGUAAAAAAGAUGCUGCCGAAUUUGUUGCUUCAAAUAGUUCCCUCUCUGAAUUUGCAGUUUUAGGUUUUGAAUUGGGUUACUCUUUAGAGAAUCCAGAUGCACUCAUCCUUUGGGAAGCUCAAUUUGGUGAUUUCUCCAAUGGUGCUCAAGUUAUUAUCGAUCAAUUCAUCUCUAGUGGUGAACAAAAAUGGAUGAGACAAAGUGGUCUCACCAUGUUGUUACCACAUGGUUACGAUGGUGCUGGUCCAGAACAUUCAAGUUGUCGUAUUGAAAGAUACCUUCAAUUAUGUGAUUCUGAUCCAAAUAAAAUCCCACCAAAGGAAGAGGCUGAACGUAAACAAUCUCAACACUGUAAUAUGCAAGUACUCAAUUGUUCAACACCUGUAAACUAUUUCCAUGCUCUCCGUCGUCAAGUUCAUCGUGAUUUCAGAAAACCAUUGGUUAUCGCCACUCCAAAAUAUUUAUUGAGAUAUGAAAAAUCUUUCUCUACCGCAAAGGAAUUCUCCAAUGAUUCUUUCACUCGUCUCUAUCCUGAAGCUUUCCCAGAUCAAAUUAAUAAACCAGAGAAAAUCAAUCGUAUCGUCUUCUGUACAGGUCAAGUCUAUUACAAUCUCAUCGCUUCUCGUGAAUCAAAUAACAUUAAAGACGUUGCCAUCAUUCGUGUAGAACAACUUCAUCCAUUCCCAUUCGAUUUAGUAGCUGAACAACUCCAACACUAUCCAAACGCUAAAGCAAUCUGGUGUCAAGAAGAACCAAUGAAUAUGGGUUAUUGGAAUUAUAUCUAUCCAUACUUUAUCUCAACCUUUAAACAUAUUAAUCGUCCAGCUGAUAUCACUUAUACAGGUAGACCAUCAUCUGCUUCACCUGCUGUUGCUUCUCAUACUUUACAUAAAUUACAACUCGAAAAUUUCCUUUCAAAUGCUUUAACUGGUCAAGUUGGUUCAAAAUAA